AUGAUCGAACGUCAAUCUGACCGUAGAUAUUUGGGAGUCCAGGUCAUGUGGUCAAUACUUCCGUUCAUGCAGAAAAACGCUCCCAAUCGCUCCCACGGUCGCGUGAGGAAGUGGAUGCAGGAGUUUCGUUCUGUGGAAGGCGCGAAUCUCAAAAUCGGGGCUAUCGGCUUCUGCUGGGGAGGCUAUCACGUUACCAAGCUUGCUCGUGGGGACCCUACGAGCAAUGGCAGACCGGUCGUUGACGUGGCCUAUACCGCUCAUCCUAGUGAGUUGAAGCUACCCGAGGAUAUUGAGCAGAUUGCGAUACCAUACAGCGUUGUCAUCGGCGAUGUCGACUUUGCCAUGCCUCUCAAACAGGUGGAAGAGAUGAGACAAAUUCUAUCCAAGGCUGGAAAGCCAGAAAGUGAAGUUGUUGUGAUCUCGAAUGCAAAACACGGAUUUGCAGUGCGCGCAGACCCUGAGGACGAACAAGCCAUGGUGAUGGCCCACCAAGCCUUCCACCAAGCAAUAAAUUGGUUUAAAGAGCAUUUAGAUUCAAAUUAG